UCAGACGAGAGGGACCGAGCAGAAGCGAACCGCUGUGCGCAAAAAAUAACCCCGUGGCUGCGGCAGCGGAGGAGAGCUGGGUGCCUGCGCGUCUCCAAAUAACUGGCUGACCGCCUCAAAUGAUCUCAAAGCGACAAGUUUCACUUUCCACAGGCGGAUGGGUGACUUUCCACGGCGCUUUGUGAGGAGGAGAUGAUGAAGAAUUUCAGCGGCAGUCCCCUUCACAGCAACAACCAGACUCCUAACCACAUUAGAGACCGCAACAACAAAAAGUACAGCUUACUCGGUGCUAUACCGUUGCGAUUUUCCCUGCGAGGUUAUGGUUUCUGCAUGGCUACGCUGUUUCUCUUCUGUUUUGGCUCCCUUUUUUAUCAGCUGAACGGAGGACCCCCUAAAAUCCUGCUGGACAUCCGACAGUAUCUCGGUGAAUCCACAUACCUGGAUGACCACGGACCUCCUGCUCCAAGAGUGCUGCCAUUCCCCAGCCAGGUGGUUUACAACCGUGUGGGGAAGUGCGGCAGCAGGACGGUGGUCAUAUUACUGAGGCUACUGGCUGAAAAACACCAGUUCAACCUGGUCUCCUCUGACAUCCACAAUAAAACACGGCUCACUAAACAUGAACAGGUGGAUCUCAUGAAGAACAUCAGUAAUAUCCCUCAGCCAUUCCUCUAUACACGACAUGUUCACUUCCUCAACUUUACCAGGUUUAGGAUAGAGCAGCCUGUCUAUAUCAACAUAAUCAGGGACCCCAUCAACCGGUUCCUUUCCAACUACUUCUUCCGUCGCUUUGGGGACUGGAGGGGUGAGCAGAACCACCUCAUCCGUACUCCAGGAAUGAAAGAUGAUGAGAGAUACCUGGACAUAAAUGUGUGCAUUCUAGAGAAUUAUCCUGAAUGCUCCAACCCCAGAGUCUUCUACAUCAUCCCAUACUUUUGUGGACAGCAUCCUCAAUGCAGGGAGCCAGGAGUUUGGGCUCUGGAAAGAGCCAAGCAGAAUGUGUUGGAGAACUACCUCCUUGUGGGGAUCCUGGAGGAGCUGGAGGAUGUGCUACUCCUGUUGGAGAGGCUCUUACCUCAUUAUUUUACUGGAGUACUCAACAUCUACAAGAGCCCUGACUACAGGAAGAUGGGGAACAUGACUGGCACAGUGCGUAAACAUACUCCCACUCUGGAGGCCCUGCAGGUGCUUUACCACCGCAUGCGCUAUGAGUAUGAAUUCUACAACUUCAUUCGCGACCAGUUCCAUCUCAUGAAGAAAAAAAUUGGCCUCAAGUCUGUCUCCCAACCCCCCGCCUACUCACCUGCUUUCCUACGAGACCUGGCCCUCCGAACCCCAGAGCCUUUGGAGGAAGACGAGGAGCUGGACACAGAUCUGGAGGAUGCCAACAGCUGGCUGGUCCAUCCCUAAGAACUGUCUGUUUAACAGUGGAAGUAGCCAAAAGCUAAUUGUCUAGAAUUGGCUGGAGAUAGCCGGAGGCAGCCUGAGGGCAACAGGGAAACGUGCCCUGUCUCUCAGCAUUUCCAAGAAAAGUGAGGUGUGUUCAGGGGUGUGCGGAUCCUGACGCUCGUGUUUUUACGGGCUCCAUUUUCCAUCUGCAGUAGACUCCUAUCACAAGAGGCUCAGCACUGAGAACUGUGGGGUUGAGUAAUUGGAAGGACAAAAUGCUAUUUAAAAUUUGACUAAGAACAAUGAGAAAUAAUGUUGAGCUCAGUUUAUUUGAAGUGUAGUUUUCAUUUGAGCUUGUUUUGGGGUUCUUUUUUUUUUAUUAAGGAACCUAUCAUUGUUUUUAAUCUCCAGGUGAGAUUAGCACAAGAUGUGGAGAGCUAAAUCUGGGGUAUUUACUACAGCAGAGGACUUCUGUGAUGUUGCAUCAAGAGAGAAGUUAAUACAUUAUGAAAUGGUUAAUGUCUUAAAAGCUGGAAAGCCUAAUAGGAAAUGGUAUCCAUGAACUAAAGAGUGCCAAAAGCCUUUAUGUAUAUUAGUUGUAAGUGCCAAACCUUGCUAAGAGUUCCAGCAACUGUGUGACAGGAACCUGAGUGCACAGCUAGUGGAGUUGUGACAUAGUCAGUUCUUACAGUAUUGGUUUAUAACAUUUUGUUUAAUUUGUAAAAUAUUAUUAGGUAUAAAUGAGGGUUAAACAGUAAGCACUCAAUUAUGAAUUCAAAGAAUUCCAACGAUGUGUGCAUGAAUGAUUGAGUUUGACCAAACGAGCAGUGUAUUUUGCAUAGAGUUAUUAUUUGGGACAGGUCAUUGUUUGUUGAGAAUUUAGGCUGGCUUGAGAGUUAAACACUUAAAAAAAAAAAAAAAAAAGUAAUUAUGGAGCAUACUGUAUUUUGAUGAAUCCAAAGUUUGAAAGAUUGAACCUGCCAAAUACCAGUGUUUCUACUGCGUUGCAUUACGAAGCUGUAUGAAUAUACUGCACUUUUUUUCUGAGAUCCUGCAGCAAAGAAAAUGAGGGAUUUGUUCACAAAACUGGAUGCUAACUGCCUUUCAUUGCAAAUAAGAUGAUGUUCCUUUUCAUAAGUGUGUGUUACUAGUGUUUCCGAUCUGAGCUAAAACUAAUUUCUAAUUUCUCCAACAGCUGGUCAGAGUGCAUGUUUUUCCAUCACUCUUUAAAAAAGACACCCAGAAAAGAGUAACCAUAAGCUAAUAUAUGUCAUCUAUGUAUUUCACUUUACCAUCCUAAUCUCCAUUGUCUGUACCUUUACAUUGUCCUGGUUUGUGUUCAGUGUUUCCUUUUUGCCAGUUUUUAAUUUAUUAUUUUGUAUUCAUUUGCAUUCCAGAUAAAAAAAAAAUUCUCAGGAAGGAAAGAAAAUGUUUUAAUAUCUUAAUCAUUUAUAUCUUUGGUUUCUGGCGGCUAUGGGACGAUUCUUGGCAUUUCAAGGGUGUCCAGAAUGAGUUUAUAUCAACAGCUGAAAACUGGUUAACAACAACUAAUGCAGUCCAUCAUUUUAUGGUCUUUAAAAUAAAUGUGCUCAAACUAUUGCAGCUAAUGUCUCUGCUUCACUAGAAGAUGGUUUGUUGAUGGUUUGUUGGUUUGGUGUUUUGGGGAUGCCAGU